AUGGAUGUGGACGACAGUGCUGCUCGUGUUGACGCGUCCAGCGACGUGCCCCAGCCCGCUAGACGCGCUCGACGGACGUACGGCAAGGCAAAGCCUUUGACUUCAAACGAAGAAGAAAAUAAAUCGUCUGAUAUUCAUCUCUCGUACCAAAUUCCAGCACACACGGGACCAUCCAGGGCGGGUAUCAGUUCGUUGAAGCUCGGUGAUUGGAAGGAUAAGUUGGCAGAGCUGGAUAAAAGCUCUGAUGAAGAAGAAGAGAAUCCACGUCGUCCAGAACCAUUGGUUUUAAACGAGGUCAAAGAUUCUGGAGCAGAAUCUUCCCUCCCGAGCCCAGCGGCUGCGUCACACAGUCAACAUUCACAGGCACAUUCGACGUCGCCUUCGCGAUCUGUAACCAAUGUCGUCGAACCUCAAUACAGCGCAGAUACCUCGAUCUAUUCGGGGACGACCGGCGCUGCAUCGUCUCCGCCCACAGCGCCGCCCAACGGCCCGCCGACCGUGUCGAAUCAUGCUCUCAAGGACUCUAGGCGCCCUGGACCGCCAGCUCAUGCCGACAGUUUUCUGUCCGAAGAUGAGGAGUCGGGCGCGUCAUCCGAACUCGACCUCCCCAUCUUGCGAAGAGCCCGUGAUAAUGCCCGUGCGAGCACGCCAGAGGCUCAAAAGUCAAACGAAAGCCGCCUCUUGAAGCCUUCUCCAUUCAGAUCGCCCGUAAAGUCGUUCUCUGGCGCUACGUCAUCUCUACAUGCGCGUCGGUCGCACAAGUAUCUCGGUGCGGAUAGUGAUGAUGAUAAAGAUAUUGAAAUGGAUGAUUAUACGCGUCCGAACGCGUCGGUGACUGCCCCAGAGGACGAGCUCGGCUGGGUUACCGAUGGAAGUACAAAGGGUGACAAAGGGCGAGGGAGAAGGGCCAAAGGGGGUGUAAAACAACCAACCAAGAAAGACAUCGUAGAGGCUGCAAAAGAGACAGCCCGUAUACGUGCAGAGCGGGAUCUGGACGUGCAGGACAAGGCGCGUAAUCCGUUGCAGGCGGCUGUCCCAGUCGUGCCCAUGCCACUUCGUAACGACAGCGGACGUCGUAAUCCUCUAACCUCGGACCCGAUAUCAGAUUUCUCGAGCCCUCACAAUGCUCUUGCGCUGAACGCGACAAAGGCAAAGAUUCUGGCACAUUCUAGGCUUCAGCUAGAGGAGAGUGACGAUUCCGAUCUCGAAAUCGUCCCAGACGAAGCAGCCGCGCCAACGAAUCCGAUCCAAAAGCUCGAGAAUGUGAUGCGAAAAGCAAAGAAAGGGCCCUCGGCUACAAGGCCUAAACCCACUCUCCGGACUGGCAUUGGGGCCGGCUCAGUGCAUCAGGAAAAGCGGAGACAAGAUCAUAACAAGGAGAUUCUUCACCAAGUCUCCGCCCAGAACCAAAAGUUGACGGCGUUUAAAGUAGAAGACUUUGAGAAGAGGGGAGGGAUUCGGACGAAGGCACUGAAAUCUGCCCAACCAGAGAAUACCCUCGUCCAACUACUGCACCAAGGAGCCUCCAGAACCCUUGAACCCGAAGGGAAGCAGCCAGGAGAGGAAGACGAAGACGAAGACGACCCCGAUUAUCGACCCCAGGAUGAAAACGCUGCACCCACAUCCCCUCUGGUAGAUCCAGAAGCGAGCGUCCCAAUCGAGGGAUCGAACACGUUCACGUCUGAGCUCGAUGAGGAUGAUGAAGCAAUGGAACAUACGGAUGCGAGGACUGAACCAAUGGGAUCGGAACCAGACAGCGAUGAUAACGACCUGCCAAGAGCAGUAGGGAAAGCGACAAAACAUGUUCAUGUCAUUCUUUCCGACGAAGAAGCAGAGGCUUCGAAUGAAUCGGAUGCGGAGAAUUUCCUCCUCUCACAAAUUCCGCAAUGUCACGGGGACUUGGGGUCGGAUGACAAGGGUUCUUCGUUGUUUGACCGACUUGAUGUCUCUCCUAGCCCGGCGUUCGCCCCUGGUCAACGGAAUCUUCGCUUGAGCAGUCGAUCUGUCGACAGCAGUCCCAUUCGCGGAGGUGGAGGACUACUUCCUGCCUUUGUUGAUAGCCCUACUACAAAGGCACCAUCUCAAAAGUCGACCAGUCCUUUUGUAUUCUCAACCCUGUUUCCGGGUGGCGAAGAGGAGGAUCAUGACCGGUCUCCUACCAAAAGUACCAAGAGUACCAAGAGUACCAGGAGUACACGCUCUUCCAUCGGCUUCAGAGUGCCCAAUUAUGGCGAGCUCAACAGUCAACUCUUUUUCACACAAGCAUCACCUUCGCAACGCGCUUCACCAUCCAAGCGUAAUAGGGCGAGCCUCGACAAAAAAGACCCUCUGGGAGCACUGCGCAAGCCAAUGGAUGACGACUUUUUGUUCAGUCAGCCUGGUGGACUGGGUCAAAUUGUGCUCUCAACUCAGGAACAAAGGGAGAUUCGAGAACUUGAACAGGCCGACGCUGAUGCAGUGUUGCAAGAUGGGGAAGAAGAACGCCGUCGCCGACUGCAAGAGGCACAGGCGGACAAUGAACCCCGCUGGAUCAACGAAAAGGGGCUCUUUACGCAGACAAAACCAACUGAGCUCCCGUGGUCGUUGACGCAAAACCUCAUGUCUCAGGGCACACCGUUCUUUAUGCGCAGUGGGGAACUGACUGCUGAACAACUCCUUAGCCAGCGUUCGCCCGCAAAGACACCUGCUCGACCUCGGCGAUUGAUCAAGAAAGCCGAAGUACUUUCCCCCGAAACCCAUUCAUCAGAUGAGGGCGAGGAUUCGUCUCCACUUCAAGAGCGUAAUGCAUUCACUGAGCUUAUGAAGCCUAAAAAGAAGCCUUUGCCGACUAAUGAGUUUAUCGAGGGCGAAGCUGAAGAGAGCGAUGACGAGCUCGCCAUGGGAUUCAAGCGUACUCAGUAUGAUGAAGACGCAGAGGAAGCCAAUAUUGAUCCAGAGGAGAUGGCUAAAAUGUUGGACGACAAGAAGAUGACAGAAGCCGAACUACGCGAAAAAGAGGUCAUCGAAAAACACAAAGAACAAUUGGCCGCGGAUGACGCAGAGCGGCAGCGACUAGCAGAGAAGAUUACCAAAGGCCAGCUGCGAAAGAAGAGAGAUCAUGACAUGAUCAAUGAUUCUUCUUCUGAUGACGAUGAGCGCGCAAGACCCCAGAGGUUCAAGAAGCGUCGUGUCAAGGGCUUCGAUCAUUUGGACGAUAUUGCUGCCAAUGAGGAGACAAAGGCGUUCUUUUCUGCGUACACCAAGGAUUUGCCUGGCGUCGAAGGAUCUGCGCCUGACGAAGAUGACGAGUUUGCGCAGACCAGAGUGCCACAGGAUACCGUGACUACGGGUGGAGACGACACUGAUGCCGUGUCAGACGAAGAAAUGUCGAUUGCGUCGCAAGAGGAUCAGCCACAACCCUUUGGUGCUGUCAGGAGAGACUCUGAAUGGGAAGAAGAUGAACAGCAAGGCUUGGUUGAUCCAGAUGCAUUUUUACGAGCUCAUUUGCCUUCGACGGAUGGUCCAGCAGAGGAUGAGUACGAACGUAUCAAUCACUUGCCUCACCCGCGAGUGCUCGCCAAGGGGCCACCAAAAUCGCAGAAUGCGGUAUUUGUUCCUCGUGCUGGUGUAAAGACGGUCCACGACGCUGCAAGAUUGGCAGAGUGGGCAAAGCAAAAUGAGAAAUCCCGUGACGGCAAUGUGCGCGGAACUGGCACGGCAGCUGUGACAGGUCAUGGCAAGAAUAUUGCGCGAACAAAGAGUGUUGGUACAUCCACGUUGUCUGGAUCGCUCCAGCGCGCUGGUCGGGCGGCGACCGUGUCGAGCCUGUCGAGGAUGCAAAAGAAAAAGGGCUGGGAGGAGUGA